CACAGCCCCUGAGCCCCAGUCUGAUGCCCAGACCCAGACAGUGUGAGCUGUGAGCUGUGGCCAUGAGCUGUCGGUGGGCAGUGUGUGUGGUGCUGUGCUGUGGUGGUGGUCUCUGGGGUGGAGUUUCAGGGCUGCUGAACGUGGCUGGGGUAAGCCCUCGCUGUGACACGGGAGCCUGUAACCCCGGCCUGGGGAACCUGGUGACAGGUAGGGACCUCCGCACCAGCUCCACGUGUGGCCUGGACUCCAGCCAACUCCUCUGCUCUUACAGUGACAACCAGGAACUGAGCUGCCAACAGCCCAGUUGUCACAAGUGUAACUCGGACACCCAUUCGCACCCGCCCUCGGCCAUGGCUGACUCCCCAUUCCGCUACCCCAGGACCUGGUGGCAAUCUGCACAGAGCUCGCACAGGGAGACAAUCCAGCUGGAUUUGGAGACACAUUUCUACUUCACGCACCUGAUCCUGAUCUUCAAGUCUCCCCGACCGGCCGCCAUGGUCCUGGAACGUUCCCAGGACUUCGGGGAGAGCUGGACUCCCUACAAAUAUUUUGCCACCAACUGCAGCCACACCUUCGGGCUGCACGACGACAUGAGGGUGAGCGGUGCCAUCUGCACCUCACGCUACUCCGCACCGCUCCCCUGCACCCGCGGAGAGGUUAUAUUCCGAGCUCUCUCAGCCUGGCCCGAGCUGGAGGAUCCCUACAGCCUGAAAGCUCAGGACCUGCUGAAGGUCACUAACCUCCGUGUUCAGCUGUUAAAGCGACAGGACUGUCCGUGUCUGAGCAAGAACCCGGCCCUCAAACCCCAGCACUUUGCACACUACGCCAUCUAUGACUUUAUUGUGAAAGGCAGCUGCUUCUGCAAUGGCCACGCGGAUCAGUGCGUCCCUACAGCUGACUUCAGGCCGGUCAGAGACCGGAGGCUGAACGCGCAGGUUCAUGGCAAGUGUAUCUGCCGUCACAACACAGAGGGCGAACACUGUGACCGCUGCUCUCCUCUGUACAACGACCAGCCCUGGCAGGCAGCAGAUGGGAAGAGUGGAGCCCCGAGAGAAUGCCAAAAAUGUUUGUGCAAUGAUCACGCCGAGAGCUGCCACUUUGACCUCGGUGUGUGGCUGGCAUCAGGCAAUCACAGUGGAGGGGUGUGUGACGACUGCAAACACAACACAGAGGGGCAGCAUUGCCACCGGUGCCAACCCGGAUUCUACAGGGACCUCAGAAGCCAUGUCUCUGCCCCGGAUGUCUGCAAACCCUGUUCCUGCCACGCUGUGGGUUCGUCCAGCUUCCUUGUCAGGCGAUCCCCAUGGUGUGAGCCCAGUCACGGUGACUGUGUGUGUAAGCCCGGGGUGGCAGGCCCUUACUGUGACCAGUGUAUGGUGGGUUACUGGGGGUUUGGGCAGUAUGGCUGUCGGCCGUGUGCCUGUGCUGGGAGCUGUGAUCCCUUCACUGGGGAUUGCAUCAACAGCAAUGGUGAUAUCGAGUGGUACCCGGGCCAAGGGCAGAUUCCUGACCUUUACUCCACGUGGAAUGAGAGUGAAGCCGCGUGGAGCUGGGAGGAUGAGCAAGGCUUCUCUGCUCUUAGACAUUCAGGAAAGUGUGAGUGCAGAGAUCAAGUCUUAGGAAAUCCCAAAGUGUUCUGUAACAUGAAGUACACAUACGUGCUGAAGGUGAGGAUUCUCUCGGCCCACGACAGAGGCUCACACGCAGAGGUCAACGUAAAGAUCAAGAAGGUGUUGAAAUUGACCAAGUUGAAGAUCCGUCGGGGGAAGCGAGUUCUCUUUCCCGAAUCCUGGACAAACAGAGGCUGUACAUGUCCAGUCCUCAAUCCUGCGAUGGAGUACCUGGUGGCAGGACAUGAAGACGUACGAAGCGGGCGCCUGGUCGUCAACAUGAAGAGCUUUGUCCAGCCUUGGAAAGCGGAUCUGGGCCGGAGAGUGAUACACAUCCUGAAAACAGACUGUCAGUAACAGCUGGUAUUUUAUAUACAAGGGCACUGAUUCCCUAUGUGCUGAGCAGGGCUCCGUCAUCAGGAAACAUUAAGAAAGUGAACAGAAACCUAGUUAAGGGUUAUCCUAGUAAAGCCCCAAAACACAUGAUUGCACACCUAAAAAACAGCACCUAAACAACAUCAGCGCACAAAAUCAGCGCCUUUCAUGUUGGGAGGAUGUCCCAAGGCGCUGAAACCCUUGUGUUGUUUCCAAACUAAAGUUGGCCUUAAAUUCUUUUCUUUCAAAAACUAAAAAAUCUGCCUUCUUUCUACUUAAUGCACUUUACUACCUGAUGAUUUUGGGUGUCACAGGCAGGUAGAUAUUACCAGUCACUUUCCAUUAAAAAAACUUUCCGAUAUUGAGGUCCUUGGAAGAUCUAGUUGAAUCUCCCUCAUAGCAAUGAGAUCAAUGAAAUGGCCUUUAGUUCAGAAGUACUCAGAGGGACUUUACACAGCAGUUAGACUCCAGCAGUUACCCCAACGCACACUCUGGGCUCCUCCCAAGC